CUGGGGGGAUUGCGUGGGGGCGCCGGGCGAGCGCCGCGCCGCCGCUCCUGUCGGCCCUCCGCAAGGUGUCGCCGUCGGCAGCGGAACGGCGGGCGCGGAGGCUCCCGCCGAGUGUCCAUGGCCAGUUCCGCGGGGCCGGGCCGGGCCGCGCCGCGGCGGAGAGGUGCGCGCGGGGGAGCGCGGGCCCGGCCGGCAGCCCGCCCGGGGCGGCGCGGCGUCGGCGUGCAAGCCCCGCUCGCCUAAGUGGCGGCGGCCACCGCAGGAUUAUUACUUCUGAUUUACAAAGCCCAGAGUCGCAGCGACUCCCUCGUCCAGCCACUUCCUUUAUCCCUCUUUUUGCUUUUUUAAUUGCCCCGGGUGUUGCCGCGGGAGGUCGCGGCCGCGGGUGGCGACGUUUCCCUCGAGCUGGGGGGCCGGGGUGGCGCGGGGAGGGGGUGACACAAAGGGACAGCGGCCGCGGGGCGGUGUGGAACGGGGGGCAGCCCCCGCAGCAGCCGGGCGCCCUCCGCAGCCCGCCCCUAGCCCUUUUGCACCGGGAGCGGGACCUCAUUCUGCUUGCGGAGAAUAAAGAGCGAAUGGUGCUUUUGGCGCCAAAUGCCAGGCACCUCCCUGCUUGUAUGGAAAUCAGGGAGGUGGGGUUAGGCUCCUCUAGCUUUUCUCUCUCUUUUUUUUUUUUUAAUUUUUUUUUUUUAAUGCUCCACUCCUCGGGUGUGUCAGCUUUUUUUCUUUUCUUUCCUUUUUUUUUUUUUAAUGCCUUUUGGCGGGGGGGUUAAUAAUAUCCAGCAGCUUCAAAGCCAACCAGUGACAGUCAUCUGUCUGCAAGCAAAGGGUGAAUGCGGAGGCUUGGGCCAGCCGCGGGGGCCGGGCGGGCUGGCGCUCAGUAAAGUGCAACAUACAAGAUCAUCUGCUUGCUUUUUUUUUUUUUUUUCUUUUUUUCUUUUUUUUUUUUUCCCCCCCCUUUCCCCCCGCCACUCCUCCCCCUUGCAACACCCACCACCAUCACCGAGGAGGUAAGAAGAGGAAACUGCAGGGUCUGGGCUGCAGGACAAAACCCCAAUCAAAUAAAUACAAUUCCACAUCGCAUUUGAGUUGCUAAACUAGGGAGGAUGGGAAGGGAAAGGAAGCGCAGGGGCAUUGCAGUGCGUGAAUGGGUUUUUCAUUGAGCAGAAGAAAAUCCUGGAGGAUAUUUUUGUUUUGUUUCGGAGCUGUCGCUUUGAGAUCGCCUGUGUUUUGUAGGUGCCUCUUUACUGCUUUGCAUUUUAAACGGUUUAAUGUAUUUCACGAGUAGAAAAAUGUACAAUACUGGAAGUGAUCAGGGGGCGGGGCAGGGGGAGUCCGCAGCUGAGCCGGGCUCGUUUCUUUGCAUUUCAUCAUAAGGCUUUUAAUGGAUUUUUUUUAUUCCCCUUUUGGUCUCCGUUUCAGCGUCAGCUGUUGUGAACCCAGCAGAACGGUUUCCUUUCGCGUUACCUUAACCGAGCUGAAGGGAGAUGCUGAUUGUCUUUUUUGGACUUAGGUUUUUUUGUGUUUUGUUUUGUUUUUUUUUAAUGUCUGAUGCAACUGAGGUCUCGGAAGAGGAAUGGGGCUGUGGUUGACUGGUCGUGGCUAGUGAGUGGGGGGUCCGGCCGAGUUGCAGGUCUCUUCCCCUUGGUGGAAAUACCCAUAAAACCUGUCUGUAAGACCAUUGCCUUCCCCCAAGGAUCAACAAGAAGAGACCCGUAAUGCCAGGAAUGGUCAGUAAAAACCCAGACCUCGAGUUCGACUCUUUGCAGCCCUGUUUCUACCCGGACGAAGAUGAUUUUUAUUUGUGCGGGCCGGACUCCGCUCCCCCCGGGGAGGACAUCUGGAAAAAGUUUGAGCUGCUGCCCACCCCUCCCCUGUCUCCCAGCCGGGCCGGGCUUCAGGAGCACCCCCCGGGGGGGGCCUCGGUGCCGUGGGGAGGGGCGGCCCUGGGGGGCUGCCGCCCCGCCGACCCCCUGGACUGGGCGUCCGAGCUGCUCCUGCUGCCCCCCGAGGCCGACCUGUGGGGGGGCUCGGACGGAGGGGACUUCUUCGAGACGGGCCUCGGCGUAACCAACAACCUCAACUCCAUCAUCAUCCAGGACUGCAUGUGGAGCGGCUUCUCCGCCCGCGAGAAGCUGGAGCGGGCGGUCAGCGAGAAGCUGCAGGGCAAGCCGCCCGCCGCCGCCCCGCCGCCGACCCCGGGGGCCGCCGCCGCCAGCGGCCCCGCCGCCGCCAGCGGCCGCCCGGAGCUGGGCGGCGCCGUGCCCGAGUGCGUGGACCCGGCUGUGGUCUUCCCCUUCCCCGUCAACAAGCGGGAGGCCGCGGCGGGCCGCACCGCGGCGGCGGCGGGCGGCUGGGCACAGCGGGGCGGCCGCCCGCCGCGCCCCGCCGGGGACAGCCGGGCCAGCAGCAGCUCCGGGGACGACACCCUCAGCGACUCGGAUGAUGAAGAUGAGGAGGAAGAGGAUGAAGAAGAAGAAAUAGAUGUUGUGACAGUGGAGAAAAGGCGCUCCUCCUCCAACAAGGCUGUUACCACCCUUACUAUUACAGUGCGUCCUAAAAAUACCACUUUUCCAUCAGUCAGGACGCAGCAGAAUGAACUGAUUUUAAAGCGUUGCGCACCAAUUCACCAGCAGCAUAAUUAUGCAGCUCCUUCUCCAUACAUGGAGAGUGAAGAAGCUCCACCGCAGAAGAAGUUAAAAACCGAGGUGCCCCGUCCAGUAAAACCCACGAUCCAACCAAAGUCUAAAAGUUCAAGUCCUCGAAACUCUGAUUCAGAGGACAGUGAACGUCGACGCAACCAUAAUAUCCUGGAGCGUCAACGGCGUAAUGAUCUACGGUCAAGUUUCCUCACGUUAAGGGACCAUGUUCCAGAACUGGUUAAAAAUGAGAAAGCUGCAAAAGUUGUGAUCUUGAAAAAAGCCACUGAAUAUGUUCAUUCCCUUCAGGCAGAGGAGCAGAAGUUAUUGCUAGAAAAGGAAAAAUUGCAAGCCAGACAACAGCAGUUGCUAAAGAAAAUAGAAUACAAGCGGACUUGCUAAACUUUUUUUUGUUUUGGUUUUUUUUGGCUGACCAGGACAGUCAUUGCCACUUUGCACAUUUUUGAUUCUUUAAAAAAAAAUUGUGUUUUUUGACGUUAAGAAUGUUGGUUUUACUUUCAAUCCAGUCCCUGAAGUAAUCGACAAACUCUAUUAUCCGGGUACGGAGCAAAUGGAUGUUCUUGCAAGGAGUUUAUUGCAAGACCACCAAACAACGAUGGACUGCCUUUGUUUUUCUUCUUAAGAACUGUAGAUGGUGGGGAUUUUUUUUUUUUUAAUUGUUGUGAGCAUUUGGAGCUGCUGAUGACAUCUAGUUGAGUUUUAAAAUGUUCAUUCCUAAGUUUUAUGGUGCUUAUGUUCUAACGGAUGUUACUUUAGGGGUUGGCAUUUUGUACCCCUGUGGGAAUUUUCUGUAAAUACCAUCUACACACUUGCCUUUUGUACAUGUCUUGGGUUAUGAGAGGUGGCUUUUGCUACCAGUAUUAGACUGGAAGUUCAUACCUAAGUACUGUAAUACCUCAAUGUUUGAGGAGCAUGUUUUUGUAUACAAAUAUAUUGUUAAUCUCUGUUAUGUACUGUACUAAUUCUUACAUUGCCUGUAUACUUUAGUAUGAUGCUGAUACAUAACUAAAUUUGAUACUUAUAUUUUCGUAUGAAAAUGAGUUGUGAAAGUUUUGAGUAGAUAUUACUUUAUCACUUUUUUGAACUAAGAAACUUUUGUAAUGAAAUUUACUAUAUAUGCCUUUUCCUAGCCUGUUUCUUCCAGUUAAUGUAUUUGUUAAUGUUUGGUGCAUAGAACUGGGUAACUGCAAAGUUCUGUGUUUAAUUACUUCCAACGAUGUACAUUUAGUGCUGCGUCUUAUAGCACUUUGAAAUACCUCAUGUUUAUGAAAAUAAAUAGCAAUUACAUGAUGUGCCAUUUA